AUGGCUACCACCCCAAACUACCCAAACUAUCACCAUUACUCCCCUUUUUAUCAUACCUACCACCCCAACUACCACUACCAUAUCACCAUCUCAACUACCACUACCACCAUCAUCACUCCUACCACCUCAACUACCACCAUCAUCACUCCUACCACCUCAACUACCACUAUCAUCACUCCUACCACCUCAACUACCACCACUAUCACUCCUACCACCUCAGCUACAACUACCACCCGAACUACCACAAUCAUCACCACCACAACUACCACCAUCAUCACUCCUACCACCUCAACUACCACUAUCAUCACUCCUACCACCUCAACUACCACCACUAUCACUCCUACCACCUCAGCUACAACUACCACCCGAACUACCACAAUCAUCACCACCACAACUACCACCAUCAUCACUCCUACCACCUCAACUACCACUAUCAUCACUCCUACCACCUCAACUACCACCACUAUCACUCCUACCACCUCAGCUACAACUACCACCCGAACUACCACAAUCAUCACCACCACCACAACUACCACCAUCAUCACUCCUACCACCUCAACUACCACUAUCAUCACUCCUACCACCUCAACUACCACCACUAUCACUCCUACCACCUCAGCUACAACUACCACCCAAACUACCACAAUCAUCACUACCACCUCAACUACCACCAUCAUCACUCCUACCACCUCAACUACCACCACUAUCACUCCUACCACCUCAACUACCACUAUCAUCACUCCUACCACCUCAGCUACAACUACCACCCAAACUACCACAAUCAUCACUACCACCUCAGCUACCACCACUAUCACUCCUACCACCUCAACUACCACCACUAUCACUCCUACCACCUCAACUACCACUACUAUCACUCCUACCACCUCAGCUACAACUACCACCCAAACUACAACAAUCAUCACUACCACCUCAACUACCACCAUCAUCACUCCUACCACCUCAACUACCACCACUAUCACUCCUACCACCUCAACUACCACUACUAUCACUCCUACCACCUCAGCUACAACUACCACCCGAACUACCACAAUCAUCACCACCACCACAACUACUAUUUUUUUAAGUUACACUCUCCUUGUAAUCAGGACUUCCUGA